AUGUUCUUCCCGUAUGGAUGUGAGGCCGAAAUUCGUUUACCGUGGAAUGGAGAGAGCUCAUCUGAUUGUUCUCCUGUUCAUUAUGUGUGCGCGAAUCGAGAUCGAAAUACGAUAGCCGCUGUCACGGACGAUGUUUUGUAUUUAUACCUUGCACAACCCCAAGUCUUGUUGUGCUUAUUGGGAAGAGAUGCGGCUGAUGUCCUGGAGAAAGGAGCUUUUCGGCGAAUCUAUUGGCGAUUCGAUUCUUCGUUUUUGGCAGUUUUGACCUCUCGAAAUCACAUUCUUAUCUACCGUGUGGAAACCUCCAAUGAGAAUUGCUAUAAUUUAAUUGAUUCGGCACAUUCACAAUUUCAACGUCAAAGUCAGGAGCUUUUCAUGAAGGAACCUCGUCCCAACACAAAGCUGAACUUGGCUGUCGUUGUAAAUCUCGCCGCUAAAGCCACGUGUGCCGUGUCAAUGCGAGAAGAGUUGUUGGUGAGCCUAACGAAUGGUUUCGCUCAUCGAAUUUCAUGGUCUGGCCAGGUAGAUGCUGAAUAUUCCAUUCGCCUAUCUUCAGUACCCUUUGCUAACGACCAGUUACAAAGCAGACCCGAAUUCAUUCCGGAAGGAACCUUUAUCAAGGAUAUGGUUUAUGCUCCGUUGAUGGGUGGAUAUUGUGUGGUAUUGAAUGAUGGAAGGGCUUCUCUUUUCACAUCUUCCGAUCCACGCUUUCAUCCAACAACUUUACUUGGCGUUUGGGCUCUUCAAUUAAAUGAUGCAGCAUGCGUAGAUGUCAAUCACAAACACCGACUUCUUGUUUUUGGAUGUAGCAAUGGUGACGUUGCCGGGUAUCACAUUGAUGACGUGAGUGGUGCUCUUUUAUCAACAUUUCGGGUUCCUUUGGUAGUCAAAGAUGGUCCAGAAUUAUUAAACUGGCUUGGCCCGGUCCGUCGAAUCAACGUUCUGCAAAAUGGAGCCGCUUUUGCCGUGAUAUGGGGUCCCAAAAACAAAUCCCCAAUGAAAAACGAAAGCAAGACGACGACUCCCGCACUUGCAAUAUUCAGUGCCUAUGGCGGACAGACUUGGUGUUCACUAGAAGCUUCCUACAGCGUGCCGCUUCCAAUGGGAUCGUUAAUGAGUGUAGAAUGGGGAGCAGAAGGGCUACAUCUAUGGAUAGCUCGUUCAACCGGCUUAUCUCUUUUGCCUAUCGUUCACAACGCUUCCAUAAAUAAUCCUACAAUGGAACAUUCGUCUCGCGUUCUCUUGAUUGGCUCUUCAAAGUUAUUGUUAUCGCCGGCAAGGGAACGUGAACCUCUAGCAUCUGCACCACACUCUGUUUGGACAACUUUAACCCCGCAUAAUGAGUAUCUCGCAAAUAAUUGGCCGAUCAGAUUUGCUUCCAUUGAUCGUGAAGAGGCCCGUUUCCUUGUAAUAGCUGGUACUCAUGGAUUUGCACAUGGAAAUUUGGCAACUGGAAAAUGGAAAAUUUUUGGGAAUGAAUCACAGGAACGCGAACUUAUCACCACAGGAGGAGUAUUUAUUUGGAAAGGGACAGUUGGAGUUGCGUGCUGUAAUGUCGAGCGAGCGGCAGAGUUGUUACGGUUUUAUCCCUUGAAUACGAAACUGGAUAAUCAAUAUUGCUCCGAAUAUGAUACUGAAGCUCGUAUUUUAGCUCUAAACAUACGCGAAGAUUGCCUUGUGACAUUUGAUGUCGAAUCGAGGAUCCUUCUAUUCCGAUUGACCGCUAGUCAGAGCUCAAAGUCUGCGGAUGCUUAUGUGAGAGUGGCAGUUGAAAAAGCGGCAGAAAUUCGUGUUGGUGAUCUGAUUCCACACCCGGCUUGUUUAGUUUCUAUUCAUGUCACCGAGUUGAUACAAGACAAACCAAAGAAUAUGCAUGUCCCUGAGUCUUCAUUUUUUGUUCGAGGCGUCGACACUGUUCUCGUGAAUGUUUCCGGUCGCUUAAUUACUUUGAAUCCGAAAGGACAUAUGCCCACCGAUACAGAUGAGGACGUGAAGUUUCAGCUGAGUCAGCCGAUAGUGGUUGCUUCAUUUGUGGAGCAUUUAUGGCACGAUAGAGCACAUGGAUCGACUCAAAAAGCAGGAUCCGCUCAACAUCUGUCGAAUGCUAUGUGGAUCUAUUGUGGAGCAAAAGGAAUGAAAGUGUGGUUAACUCUUUCUCGCCGAGGAAACAUUCAACAAGAGUCGUUCCAUGCUCGACGUAACAUGUUACCAUUUACUCUUGAUAUUCGACCUGUUAUCAUCUAUAGUUCGGAUUGCGUGGCUGUGGGGGUCGAGAGUCUUCCAACUGUUUAUGGAGGAAAUCAUUCAACCACUCUCUACAACGUCCAUCGAAAUAGCGAGGUAUUUCUACAUCACAUCCUGAAAGAACUUCUCAAGAAGAAUUUGGGCGAGUUUGCAAUUGAAAUAGCGUCAUCGUGUCGUCAUCUUCCCUAUUUUCCACAUGCCCUCGAAUUGUUAUUGCACGGAGUACUCGAAGAGGAAGCAACAAGUAGCGAACCAAUUCCAGAUCCGUUACUACCUCGUGUUGUCGGCUUCAUAAAAAAAUUUCCCGAAAAUCUGCGGACGAUGGCUCAUUGUGCAAGGAAAACCGAACUCGCUCUUUGGCCAGCUUUGUUUGGCGUCACCGGCUCACCGAAUGACACAUUUGAAAUGUGCCUUCGAGAUGGAGAAUUGCAGACAGCUGCCAGCUAUCUUAUUGUGUUACAAAGCAUUGAAAAUACAAAUACAAGUCUUGGGCAAGCAGCUCGAUUAUUACGAGAAGCCCUCUCAGCGGGAGAAUGGUCUUUGGCCCAAGAUAUGAUUCGUUUUGCUUCUUCCAUUGACGCUGAAGAUAUUGAAAGCCAACCGAGGACCCCUCCACCACAACUGGCCAAAGUAGCGUCAAGACGGAAAGGAACCACUACCUCUGCCGAUGAUGAACUCUUUGUCACGAGAUUUCAAGCAGCAAUUACAACAAAAUCGUCAUCUCGUAUGCGCCACGAUACUCAACCAACGGGAGCCACUCGAAAAGAUAGUGGUGGAUCAGGGAGACGACUCAGCAAGGCGUUAUCCUCGGAUCUCGGACCUCCGUCACCGAAUUCAGCGAAUGCUAUGUUAACGCAAAUGCAAGCCAUAUUAAAGGAGCAUGCUGCAAAUUUACUACGGGACUAUUGCAUUCGUGAUCUAGGUUUCUUUUGCGCUCAUCUCAAUUUUGAUUUGGUGUCGUUGCUUACAAAUUCGGGGGUUUCAACAAACGUCAAUGAUUGGUCAGCCGCCAUCUCAAGGCUUCAUUCACAGUUCGAAUGGCCUUAUCCAGUGGCUGGGCAUCGAGUAGUUGAUCAUCUUGCGCGUAAACUCGGGAGUAUGAAAACAAGCCAAAGUUCCGUGAGCUUAGCAACUACACCACGAACAAGUCAUCCUGCCAUUCCUUCGUCGCCAAUUGUGCCUUUUUCAAAUAAAGGUAUUAUAGAAACUCAAAAUCUUCUCCCGGAGGAUUUGAUAUCAGACACAGCUUCAACAAUAGUGCAAGAUGUUCCGCUCAGGCCCACGGAGUUAGCAGCAAUGUCAAACGGGCGCAAAGGCAGUAGUGGGGAAGGAUCGGGUGAAAGAGAGCUAAGAACACCCAGAAUAGAUGAUGAAGGAAGAACAUCGAGUCCCACGCCUUCUUCGAUCACCUUUCCCACUCCCGGAACUCCAAAUGGAGCCGCUCAAGAUAUUUCGGGUAUCGAUCUCUUGUGUGGCUGGGCGACAGUUCGCGGAUCGGAUUCAAGUGAUGCCCAAUUGUUGCACAUGAUCAACCUUUUCGAACAGGCGCAAGCCACUGAUUGGGUAUUCUUGCUGGCUUUACUGCGCCGUGAUUCAAGCUGUCUGAGAAACUUCGUGAAUGUGACAACUGCACGAACACUACCAACAACGUCUCUUCAAAGACUUAAGUACGGAUGUGAUGAGUUGAUGUUUUGGGCAAAAGACAUGUGCACCGGAUACUUGCCGAUUCUCCAAGUUUUCCUUGCACACAUUGAAGUUGUGGCCGAUGCAAGCGGAAUUUCGAUUUCGAACAAUGACAUGACGACAAAUCGAGUCGACAAAGAAAUAAAACAAAAUGGUGUCACAGAAUCAGCAUCAACAAAUAAGAAAAUCGUGCCACGAGAUCCGUUGAAAGGAAUGGAUAGUCGAGGAGCGCUGCGGGCAGCAUUUGAUCCGACAACGGCUAAUCAAGAAAGGCGAAGACGGGAACGAUCAAGAAGCGUAGAUCGAAGAAUCGAUACUGUGAAUGCUCAAUCAAAUGAUAACAGUGAUUGUGUGAUUAUG